CAGCCCUUUUGUAUUUCACAAACAAUCAUGAAAUUUUUUUAUUAGCACGCUGCUUCUUGCAGCUGCGCUGGAAUGAGGGGAUUAGAAUGCGUUGAAACUAGGCUGCCAGGCGCGAGACGGGCGCGGGACGAUAGCGCGCAGGUUAAUUUCAUUAAAACGCCAGCCCGGGACCAGGAGAUGCUGCCGAGGGAGCUUAUCGCUCAGCUGGUUAACGGGAGGGAAGGCACGCUAAAGUACGAGGGCUUUGCGAUGGCUUCUUCUGUCGGGGGAAGACAGGUAAAUCUCGGCCGGGUGGUGGUGAUGAUGAUGAUGAUGCUGGAGAGGAUGUGAGGAGAACAUUCUCUCUCCUUCUCCCUGGUGUUGAAGAGGAGGGGGAAAGCGCUGCUCUGCCUGCGCCGUUCUGUCUCCAGCCAGCGGAUUCCAUUGACACAGAUCACUCCACACGCUCGCGCGUUUGUGCAAACCAUGGAUGCUCUUUCCAACGACACGGACGGACUGGAGAACUCCUUGAAGUACUCCAAGUGUGACCAGACGGAGAAGAUGUGGAUUAGGCUGAAAGGAAUGCAGAAGUACAAAAGCACAUCUCAAAGAUUGAGAUGUCUGGUGAAGCAGCUGGAUAAGGGGGAGGUGAAUGUCGUAGAUCUGAGAAAAAACAUUGAAUAUGCCGCAUCGGUUCUGGAAGCAGUGUACAUUGACGAAACUAGGCGGCUUCUGGACACAGAGGAUGAGCUCAGUGAUAUCCAGGCAGACUCUGUGCCCAUGGAGGUGCGAGAUUGGCUGGCCUCCACCUUCACCAGGAAGAUGGGAGUGGUGUGCAGACGGCCGGAAGAAAAGCCCCGGUUCCGCAGCAUCGUUCACGCCGUUCAGGCUGGGAUCUUUGUUGAACGAAUGUACAGAAGAACAUCCAACAUGGCAGGGUUGACCUAUCCACCAUCUGUAAUUACAGCUCUUAAGGAUGUUGAUAAAUGGUCAUUUGACGUCUUCACACUUCAAGAAGCGAGUAAUGAACACGCUCUGAAGUUCCUGGUGUAUGAACUGCUCACCAGAUAUGACCUGAUCAGCCGCUUUAGGAUACCAGUGUCCUCCUUGGUGUUAUUUGUUGAAGCUCUGGAAAUAGGCUACAGCAAGCACCGAAACCCUUACCACAAUCUGAUCCACGCUGCCGAUGUCACGCAGACAGCACACUAUCUGAUGCUUCACACUGGCAUUAUGCACUGGCUCACUGAACUGGAAAUAUUGGCCAUGGUGUUUGCUGCUGCUAUCCACGACUUUGAACACACUGGAACCACCAAUAACUUCCACAUCCAGACCAGAUCAGAAGUGGCCAUCCUGUACAAUGAUCGCUCGGUUCUGGAAAACCACCACGUGAGCGCAGCCUACAGACUCAUGCAAGAAGAUGAGAUGAACAUACUGGUCAACCUCCCGAAGGACGACUGGAGGGAGCUGCGUACGCUGGUGAUCGAGAUGGUCAUGAGCACAGAUAUGUCCUGCCAUUUCCAGCAGAUCAAGACGAUGAGGAACACGCUGCAGCAGCCGGAGGGAAUAGACAAGGCGAAAGUGCUGUCCCUGAUGCUGCACGCGGCUGAUAUCAGCCAUCCCGCUAAGGGCUGGAAACUGCACUACCGCUGGACACAAGCCCUCAUGGAGGAGUUCUUCAGACAGGGUGACAAGGAGGCAGAACUAGGGCUGCCAUUCUCUCCACUGUGUGACCGGAAAGCCACCAUGAUUGCCCAGUCUCAGAUAGGGUUCAUCGAUUUCAUCGUCGAGCCCACGUUCUCUGUUCUUGUCGACACCACAGAGAAGAUCAUUAGUCCUCUCAUAGAGGAAGCUGUAAAAUCGGGGGGUGUCCGCAGGUCAAGUUUGACGGGCCGGGGCUCGGCCGCGGUGGUGGAGUCAGUACAGAGACACAGCGGUCGGGGUUCGAAUGAUGAGCAGGGAGGCACUACAGAUUACUCACUGAGCAGCCUCGACCUGAAACGAGUCCGACACCUGCUCUGUGAGAUCAUCCAGAACAACAAGGAGCGCUGGAAAGAGCUGUCUGUUCAAGAGUUUGCCAACAAACAACACGAGAGAAUGUCAGACCUGGAAGAGGAGCCCAUGAGAAACACACAAGUCACAUUGUCCCGCAGCAGUCCAGCCAGAGGGAGUCACGACUCGGAGUCAAAGUCCCUGAACGAACUGAACAAUACAGACUCCACUCACUCUUCCCAGGACUCUCUGGAACAGAGUUCCCAGUCCCCAGCGGAGGGGCCGAGCGACAGGUCACCAGAGGACCACAGCUCAGAAACUCUGCCUUGGAACGGCAAAAGCGCCUGACAUCCCACGGACGCUGCCAAGCCUGAAUGUUUUUAAUCAGAAACAGGAUGAUGUACAUAGCAUUGUCCUCAUUGUAUUGUAAUGCUAUUAUACAGUCGGGCUCGGAGGGCUCAUUGUACAGACGGAUGCGCAGAAUGUCCCCGCAGCGCAUCGUAGAGACGGUAGUGUGCAGUGUUGUCAUUGAGACUGUGUUAUUGCUGGAGACAGACCUCUAUGGUCCCCUUGAGGAAGAUUUAGCAAGUCCCUGAAAUGCAACGCUACCUAUUUGCUUCCUGGGCUUUAUUCCUGUUGGGUCAAAUCUCUUUUCUAUUUUUUUUUUUGUUUUGUAUUGUAGACUGUCAUUAUUUAUUAAAGAUUAUGCAGCUACACUUUGCACCAUAAUUAGUUUCAGUAUUUUAUUCUCGAUACGGUCAUGCUUACCGGCUCUCAGCGGCACAUUAGGACAGAAAGGCUGGAAAAUUUUACUUCUUUCUGGCAUGAUAUGUCUCUGUAGACUUUUGAAUGUUAUUCCCUCCAAUUUCCAGAACAAUCCAUAAAGAGCUUUUUUUUAUUGUAGCAUGACACGUAUAGUAUGUGCAGCUGUAAAAUUUUAGUAGAACAUGGCGCCUAUAAAAUCAUGAGCCGAUUUUUUAACAGUA